GCUUCGACCACCGUGGAUCCAAAUGCCGUUACAGAUACGACGUGCAUAGAUACAUCGGCGAAUAUCGUAUUUCACGAUCAAAAUGUUGCAGAACUUGCCAUAUGCGGUGGAAUAGCAGGCGCAAUCACGAAAUGUGGUGGUGCUCCGACAUUGACAACUGGCUCUUCCGGAACAGCCCUCUUCAACCUCAACGCUGUCACAUCUGGUGCAACGAUCAACGUCAGCAAGGGGAGAUGGGAAGGAUGCGUACGAGCGGCGAGAGCUGUAUGUCCUACUGGUACCUUCAGCUCGACUUGCAUCGGAGGAGCCUCCACAGGAAAUGUUGCGUUUACGUUGUCGGCCCAAUAGGCCCUUCACCAUGCGGUCCCAGAGAUCGUGUCGAGAUAAACAAACCAGAUACGAAUAGAUGCGAGAUAGAGAGUUGCGGAAUGUGAUGUCCGUAGACGCAAGCAAUCAACAAAAGAUCGACCGAUG